UUUCACCUUAAAAUCGAUUAACUGCAAGAAUUCGUACGUUUAAGCUUGUACAAAUUAAGAGCUACGAAGAAUUAUGUUAAUUACCGACCCAGUAAAGGAUUUUUUUCAGAAAAUAAUCGAAGAGCGUGUGCUGGUAAUGGUGGCACAGGAUGUUGAUGGAUUAUGUGCUUGUAAAAUAUUACAAUCUCUGUUCAAAUGCGACCACGUUCAAUACACCCUUGUUCCUGUGGAGAACAAACAAGAUCUUGUGACUGAGUUUGAUUCCCACAAGGAGCAAUACAAACACAUGGUGUUGUUAAACUGUGGGGGAAGUAUUGACUUGUUGGAGAUAUUAGAACCAGAUGAUGAUGUCAUGAUUUAUGUCAUAGACAGUCGUCGUCCGAUUGAUUUGGUCAACUUUUAUUGCGAACGACAAGUUUAUCUCAUCCUCAAACAAAACCAGGAGGAAGCCCAACUUAUACCGGAUUAUGACCAUAUAUACAGGAAUUAUGAUUCAGACAAUGAGGACAGCGACACUGAGUACGAACAAUCGUCGAAACGUCAUAAAUUUGAUCAGG